AUGGCACCUGUCAGUCUAGAAACCGGAGAUGUGUCCAAUGACACCACUCAGCAACAGCAACAUGAUGGCACGCCCCAGGCAGAUGGGAAUACUAACUUUGAUGUCCACACAAAGGAGGUCACUGACUUUGAGCAAAGUACGCGUGUGUGCCAUGUGUGCAGUGGCUAUACCGUCUGUUGUAUAC